AUGACCUCCCAACUUCGAUAUCACAAAUUUUACAUGAUGGAAGACCAAAGUUACUUGAGAUUUCACGGGUCAGGAAACGAAACCGUUGGCGUUUGUGGACCUGGUUCAAUGGUUAAAGAAACGAUUUCUGCCAGUGUAUCUGCGAAUGAUCGAGUUAAUGCAAACUUUUGCGGGAUACCGGAUUUCAGUGAACAAUCGAUACCAAAAACGUGUGAAGAAUUAUUCGUAUGUGACAAGUGUAACGAAUGUCAAUCUCAUAUUUGGACUACUUUGGGAAGUGAAUCAUCAUGCGGUUUUACUGCCAGCCUGAUCAAGAAAGUUGUUGAAAAAUACGUCGAAUCUGGAGUAACCGAGAUUGACCGUUUUAACAUGACUUUUUAUGAUGAAUCUGUAAAGGAACUUUGUGACGCGGAAUUCAAAUGCACUUAUGAAGAAGCCGAACCAGUAUGGAAGGAGACUAAAACAAAAUGUGCUUCCGAAUUAGCAACCCUCGUUGACUGGACUCUAAAUCCUUCGGCUAUUGACAAAACAGUUGCUUAUGCUUAUGGAAUCGUCUUGAUAUAUUAUUUUGGUAUUCCCGAUCAUGAUUUCAUAUGUCAUGAGAGCUCAAGUGGUGAAUUAUGCGGUAUUGAAGCUGCCAAGGCUGUUCUUGAUUGGCUCAAAGAGACGGUUCCUGAUGGAGAUUUCGUAUUUAGCUAUGAUUAUUCAUUCGUUUAUAAGAGUGAUGGUACUCAAAUUGAAGUCCCUCAAGAAUUCAAAUGCUCGGAAUGUAGUAAGGUCGCGUUUGAAAUUUAUUGUACUUGGCCAGAACAACACCAAUUGGAUGAUGAUUUAGUGAAGAAUCUCUUUGGAUCUUGGGAAGAUUUCAAACAAAAAAAUUCUUGCCCUAAUCCAGAGUAUUCUGCUAAAAUGAAGCUUAAGCGUGCUCUUAAUAGAUUACCGCGUCGUUCAGCCGGAAAUGCUGGUUUCUCACCCUUCAUGGCUGCAGACCGAUUAAAGAUUUAA